AUGGUAAAACUGUUAGGGCUGGAUUUUUUCUCUCUUUCUUUUCUUUUCUUUUUUCUUUCUCUUUUUUUCUCUUUCUUUGUUCUUUCUUUUCUUUCUUUCUUUCUUUCUUUCUUCUUUUCUUUUCUUUUUUUUCUUUUUCUAUUUUUAUUUUCUUUUUUUUUUCUUUCUUUUCUUUUUUCUUUCUUUUCUUUUUUUCUUUCUUUUCUUUUUUCUUUCUUUCUUUUUUUCUUUCUUUUUUUCUUUCUUUUUUCUUUCUUUUUUUCUUUCUUUUUUUCUAUCCUGAUAGUAAAUAAGAUUCCACAACUACCUUUCUCUUUCAGGCUGUUCUUAUUUCUCUUACUGACUUUGUUUUUUAAUCCUUUUCCUCUCUACCACUCAUUCAUUUCCCCCCCCUCUCCCUCCUCCCCUCCUCUCAUUCCUGUUACCUCUUUUUUUUCUCUCAUCCUGUUCUUUCAUCUAUCUUCUCUCUCACUCUCUCUUUUUCUCUCUGACCUUCCAUUGGAUUACUUCUUUAUUUCAUUCUUCUUCUUAAUCUUUCCUCUUGGCCAUCUCUCUCUCUCUCUUUCACUUUACCCCCCUCUCUCUAAUCUUCCACUGGGUUACCACUCUUUUUUUCUCAUCCCUGUUCUUACUCUUUCAUCUGGGCCAUUUCUCUCUUUUUCUCUCUCUCUCUGUGACCUUCCACUAGAUUACAUCUCUCUCUCAUCUCUGUUCUUACUCUUUUCUCUGGGCCACUGCUCUCUCUCAUUCUGGUUUUCCACUGGGUUAUCUCUCUCUCUCUCAACUAGGGAAUUGUCUUAA